AUUUCGCGUGUGAUGCUCUCCGCGAGCGCAACGACAUCCCAUCAGACGUUUCAACUUUCUUUCCUGGACUAUUUUGACGAGUUUUCAGUACCAUGACACACACUAUAUUUAUGUGGUGACAUUUUACAGCAAUACGUGUUCUUGUGAGAAGGUCCCCGUCGUCUGCGCGUCACCCGCUUUCUCUUGACGCGCGUCGUCUGCUACGAACGCCGUACUCGUCGUCUGCUACGGAAAGGAGCCUCCACGCACGAUCGGAUUAAGUGUCUUUGUGUUCGUCCUGCGCUUCCUCCGGAUGGUGUGAACUCUUCCGAGGAACACUGCUCGCAACGUCACGAGUCGAUUGCGUUUAUUCAGGCAAACUUAGCCGAACUAGCGAGGCGUAGCGCCGACCCAGCGCGAGCAUGGGCAAACGGCCGCGCUCGGCGAUCGCCACGGCGGUCCCUUCCGCGCAUGCGCCAGCCCGCGGGGCCAAGAUGGCCGCCCACUUGGCAGCGUUGACUGCCGACGGUGGAAUACCACUGUUUACCCGGAAAAUCGGCGACUUGAAAGCGCUCCCGUUCGCGGUGGUGGGCACGCUCAACGGCGUCCACCUGUUCUCUCGAUUGCGAGGUGCCACCCUGCACAGCACGGUCACCAGGGGUGCCAAGGUGGUGUGGAGGACAUACCACGACAGUGUGGUGUUACUGGUGGUAACGUGCGACGACGGCGCGAGCGACGACCACCUCGGCUUCCUCUUGGACAACGUGUUUGGCGCCAUGGUGAUGUCCGUGGGGUUGGACGCAGUGCAGGCGAUACGCAACGUCGACAGGCUCAAGCGGGACCUCAGGGGCUGCUACCCCUUGGUGGACCACUUGCUGAGCCAACUGGACCAGGACUCCUGCACGCUCGGGGACCUGACCGGGGUCGCCGACUUCCUGCUCUGUCCGGAAAGCCAGGCACUCCAGCCGUACCUGGAGUCGUUUGUGGAGGAAGUGGACAGCCUGUACGGCUGUCUGCUGGUGAGGGGCAAGGUGGCCGUGGCCACCAAGCACUGGCUCAGGCUCAGCCCCCAGGAGACCGUCCUGCUGGCAAUGGCCGCCCACGCAGGGACCAAGUGCAUUUCCAGAGACCUGCCGGUCUACCUGCCCAACAGCUGCCCGUCGGUUUGCAACAGGCUGGUCACUCUGCAGCUCACACAAGGCGUAGAACUUUGCCUCCUCUGCGGUCCAGCACCGUCCUUAGCGGUACUCGAAGAGGAAGUGUGCCGGUUUUGGAACGAUGCCUUUGACUUGCUCAAGUCUGCCUCCAGCUUACACCCCCGCAACUUUCCUCUCUCUUCGUCUUCGGACAAGAAAGUGGUGGCCUUCCCUCCCCUCGACAAGAACAUCCUCGGGUUCUUGCUGAUCAACACCAAGAGGCACAAGAGCCUGACGAGCGUUCAUCCGCUGGAGGACGAGAUAGCGAGGACGAAAGAGGGCAAGUGCAUCAGCCUCCGGAGGCGUCAGGAGAUGCUCAGGGUGCUAUACAAGAGCGUCGUGGGACGCCAUUUUCCCGCCUCUCCGCACCAGGAACAGCCUGCCGUUUCGGGUGGCGCGGACCAUUCUGCGACGGAAGUCUACACGUGUGCCGAAACGCACAAGAGCUACGCCAUCCGGACAGCCGACCACCAACUCUACCUCCUCUUUUCGCCGAGCAUACCAACGUUUGCCAUGAGGUCGGUCAGCCACAAAACUCUCAAGGUCUUGACGACAAACAAAAUGUGUGUCCUCUGAUGGAGCCAGCCAAGCGGCCAGGGUCCUCGAGAGCCAAUCUAGUCUGUGAUAUUUAUGACUGCGUCCUGCGGCGAUGCACACUUUGAAUGUGUCUACUUACCUCAUACAAGAGCUUAGUUAAUAUAUUGCCAUCUGUUUUGGAAGACAUCCCCCAUCCAUAUGUUUCUGUACCUUAAAAAAAAAUAUUAUUAGCGGUGCCCAGAUUAGUUUUGUUGGAAGCGAUCUCUAUCCAGGGUUGUGUGCUAAAAAGCCACUUAUUUUACGCAAAGAUAUUUUCGCGCAAGACACGCGUUAGAGCACACGCACAUGCUACAUUAUCUUCACAUAGUACUUGUUUGUUUCAACCAGAGUUGUGCGAAUAGUGACUUUUCAGUUCAAAGCGAAUAGUUCUUUCGUACGAUUAAUCUCGAAUCGAAUCGAGUAAUUUCAAAGCGAAGCGAAUGGCUUGCGGCCGUCAAUACAGUCAUGAUAGAGAAACCUUGGAGACUAGGGAAAAAAAAAGAAAAAAAGGACAAACACGACAGGGUCUGGAGGGUUCUCUACCACAAUUACCAGCUUACCCUCACCAGUAACUGUUAUAUCAAUAAAGUCACAUCUCAUUAUUAUGGACGCUUCCGUUUCCCAGAGAAAUCGUCCAUAAUGUAAAUCAUUCAUUUUAUUUUCAGUCUGAAUUAAGGCUGUGCUUUGGAGCAUUUGAAAUUUCGAAAUCCUUGGAAAAUAUUCGAAGCUGCCGAAUAGCCCCAUUCGAUUAUACUUUCGGAUUGAACAUGGCGUUAUUGCUUCGAUAUUAUAAAGUUCCGAAUAUUCGCACAACCCUAGUUUCAACCGAAAUCACAGGCCUUGGAUGAAGGAUAAGAAUCUGUUGUUUGAUGUGUCAUGUUGUAAUUUAUGCCAUACCCAUGUUCACAGACAGUAUGAGACUCCUCCCUGCCGUUCUAAUCCCGUCAUUUACCAUAGAUGUAGUUGGGUUGCUGUACUGUAUAUGCCAAAAUAUCUGAAGGUUAGCUUAGUUUUUUUAAACAAUCUGUUGCAAGAACGUGUGGACGAUGUUGGUAGAUUGAGGUACUUCAGUCAAAGAGCUUUCAUCAACCAAAUGAGUAUUUUAUUUCUUAAUUUCUACUGGCUCUUUAUCUUGAUCUAGCAGUCUUUCGGAGCAAAGGUUUUCAUCCCAUUGAAGACAGCUUCUGCUGCAUUAAGCAGUUGUCUCCUCUUAAAACAAAUGUCACCAAAAAACUCUCAAAUCAAUGGUACUCAAAGUUUUGCCAUCUUGUAGCUUGCAGCAGUUAUAAACUGCCUGGUGAUGACUACUGCCAUCACCAGGCAGGUAAGCUGUCUAUUUUAAAUUGCCAUUGCCAGGCAGGUAAGCUGUCUCUUUUAAAUUGCAGUAGACUCAAUGAAGAUAAAAAAACAAAACAAAAGAAAACUUUCUAAAUACUUUACAAAGCUGGUCUCACAAUGUUUCCAUGUAAAAGCGAGGAAUUUUCGUGGAAAUUCUUAUGUUUGGGAAAAUAUUUUGCAUUUGUUGAGGGCAUUUUUAGCAUGUGCAUUAGACCUGUGAUCCCCAUGCCUCCAAUGAAAGACAAGAGAGAAACAUUGAUGUUACAUGGGUGCUAAUGUGUCAACAUGAAUCGGGAGGUUUUUUGCUCCUUUAUGCAAAGUUUUAGCUAUAUAAUAUUGAUAUGUGUCGAGUGUUUUCUUUGUCCUGAAGGCCUUAGGAUGUGGUCACAAUUGAAGAAAUGACAAAAUGUUUUGUCUGGCAGCAUAUUACGAUUUCAUUGAUGUCAUGAUGCAAGCAUGGGGAAGGUCUGUCAGGAAGUGAAGUUACUGCUACUGGAAUCAAUCCAUUUGCUUUUAUUACAUAUACACUACUACUCAGAGACAUUGUAUUGGCACAAAAUGGAAGUUUGGCCAAAUUGACAGGUUGUUUUAACUAUUUGGCAAAACUUAUUUUACAAGCUGCUGUUGCAUUUAAGUGUGCCUGCAGUACUGACUAAUUUGGAUGGUCACCGCUGAGCUGUUCUGUAGAAAUCUUUUUUCCGUACUAAACAAACUUUUCAAUAUUUUUUUUUUUUUUUUGCCUGCAACACCACAUUUGCGUCCUUCCACCAAACCCAUGUGCCUAGCAACUAAAAAAAGUUUGAGAUUAUGUCGAAAUGGGACAUAAAAAACAACUGAAGGGUACAAUUUGAUGUCAUUGUUGUGCAAGUAUAUCUGGACCCUGUUGUUCCCACAUAUUUAAUCUCAUUGUACUAGUCAUUUCAUGAGACAAGUGAAUUAAAAUCUAAGUGAAAGCGUCGACUUUCAUGCUCUACCAAAUCUUCUCUCCUUCUUCCAUGUUGACGUUUGCCGAGCCAAUAGUCGCUCGGUACUUUUACGAGUACACCACCAAAAACGGUACAUCUUUACCUUGAAAGCACAAAACGACAUGUAUUGCUCUCGACUAAGUUUGUAUCACCCAAGCACAUGUAAUCGGCAAGUGGUGUCAUACUGAUGUACACUUUGACGGUUAUGAAUGUCAACGAUUCAUUCCAAGCUCUAUUUAACAAAAGCAUGGAAAUCGUUUUACGGCCCUUUAACGAAGCACACAAUGGUCCAUUAGAGGUGAGGAAAAAUGAUGUACCUAGUAUGUGUAGGGGAAUGACAAUGUACACCCUCCUUCGUUCAGCUUGUUGAGCUUUUCCGAUUGGACACGCUUCAACAGGCAAACUCUAGCACGAUUGUCAUUCACAUUACUUUAAAAUCUGCUCUAUUUACAGUCAAAACACUAGAAGUAAAAAAAAUAAAAAGUUGAUAACGGCAAAUAACAUAUAUUCAAGAGUUCAAUUUUACAAGAUACAAGAAGUGCUACAUCCCAAAAUAUAUUAGAACAUAAUAUUAGGAUCAGAGUAAGUGGGUUUCUGAACCCGAUAUAGUUUCAUCAUUGGGGUCAAUUGCACGCCCGACAGAUUUCUCGCAAUUUAUUCGCACGCCCAAAAUUUUCAAAACAAAAUUAUCGCAAAUUAUGUCCUCGACCAUUGAUUCUCAAACUGGGUUCCUAGGCCCCCAGUGGUUUGUUAGAAUACCCUCGUGCAUUCUCCCCGAAUUUCCUUGGCCGCCCCAGCCUCCAAACAAAGUGCUUUCUCAUUUUACACACUAUUUCAGAAAAUCCGAGGCAGCCAUUGAUGCAUAACUAUGAGGAAACAUUUCUUAGUACAUGCAUUAUCCUUUACAAGGUCUGUAGACUUCUGCGGUGCUUUAUUGCAUCAAUCCUGGGACAGGGAGGGAUUUCUAGAUAUGAAGGAGUUACUCGAGAUCAAAAAGUGUACUGCAUCAAUUCCCAAACUUGAGAAUUCUAAAAAUAAACAGAUUUGCCCUGACAAAUGUUUGUGUCUAGAAUAAUACACCCCCGGUAUUUUACGGUAGUCAAUAAAAAUUUGUCUAU